AUGGAGUUGCUACGACCCUCCUUGGAAGAAGCAUUUGUUGCACUGUACUACGUCGGGAAACGAGAGGCCACUGUUGGUGUCACAAAUGAAAAGAGGAUUAAAUAUGUGUAUGCCAAAGAGAUCCUCCAAAAGGAAAUGCUUCCUCAUGUUGGUGUAGGAGAGUAUUGUGAGACAAAGAAAGCUUACUAUUUUGGAUAUAUUAUUCACCAGCUUCUGCUACGUGCAAUUGGACGAAGGGCGGAGGAUGAUAGGGAUCACUAUGGCAAUAAGAGACUCGAUCUUGCUGGUCCUUUGCUUGGUGGCCUCUUUCGAAUGCUAGUCAGAAAGUUAACAAGGGAUGUUAGAGCUUAUGCUCAGAAGAGUGUUGACAAUGGGAAGGAUGUUAAUCUGCAAUUUGCAAUUAAAGCAAAACCAAUUACUAGUGGCCUUAAAUACUCACUUGCUAUUGGGAACCGGGGACAGGCAAAUGCAGCCGGGAAACUAGCAAAACCACGGCAGUUGCACAAUUCCCAAUGGGGAAUGAUGGGCCCUGCAGAAACUCCUGAAGCACAAGCUUGUGGACUGGUAAAGAAUCUUGCACUGAUGGUGUAUAUAACAGUUGGAUCAGCAGCAUAUCCCAUUUUGGAAUUUUUGGAAGAAUGGGGUACUGAGAAUUUUGAGGUAGAGUAUUUUGAUUUUGGUAUGUGUGGCUGUUAUAAUUUUAAUAAGCUUCUUUCCUUGGUUUACAAUUUUCCUUUUAAUCUAGUUCAGAACAACUUUCAAAAAGAGGGCCAUUUUGAUUGA